AUGAAACUCCAUUACGCUAAUAUAUUAUUAUUUUCCCUUCCAUUAAAUAUAUUGGUAGCAUCAUCAUCAUCAAAUGUAAAUGACCAAAGUAACUAUGUCAACAUUACUCAUCAUAAACCAAACAUAAAAUCAGCGAAAAUACAAACCACUAGGUUAUUAUGCGAAUGUGAUCUAUAUACAUCCAUCUAUAACAAUGACACAGAGAUGAAAAAUGUAAUGGAAAUUUUCAAUAAACAGACAGAACAACGAUUUGAAGAAUACAAUGAACGUAUGAACAAAAACAGACAAAAAUGCAAAGAACAAUGUAAUAAAGAUAUACAAAAAAUUAUAUUAAAAGAUAAAAUAGAAAAGGAAUUAAAACAAAACUUGGACGCAUUACAUGCUGAUAUAACGACUAAAGAUAUUCCCACAUAUGUUUUCGAAAAAUCAUUAUCGGGAAAAUUGGAAAAAACAUGUCUGAAAUGCACUUAUGGGCUAGGUAGUAAUGUUCCGCUAUUAGGACUUAUAAAUGGUGUUGGUAUAUACGCUACAGCACAGUCAGCUGCUAUGAAGGUUUUUAUUUCAGAAACCAUUGAUGGAUUGAAAGGAAUUGGUGGUAUGUCUAAUUUAUUUGGUGACAAAAUUGCAGAUCUUGUUACUCCAUCAUUUUAUGGUAAACCAAUGCAUCUUGUUACAACAAUUCUAAGUGCAAAGGAAAAAUUAUGUGCGUGUCCCGGUAUGCAAAAACAAAUUUUGUGUCAUGGAUUAGAAUCAGUUACUGAACAGUCUUUACCUAGAAGAAUAGCAACAACUGCUAGCGAUGCUUAUUACAGUGCAGGUGAAAAAUUCGUUGAGUUAACAAACUCUGGUGCUAUUUUUUCUAAUCCUAUCGUAAUUUCAACUAUAGUAUUAUUAUGUAUAGCUCUUAUGCUUUUAAUUAUUUAUUUAAUUUUACGUUAUCGUAGAAAAAGCAGAAUGAAAAAAAAAUUCCAAUAUAUAAAAUUAUUAAAAGAAUAG